AUUGAAGAGGUUUGAGGAAAGGAACCUAAGAGACCUCAAACAACAAAAGCAGACGUCACUUUUUUCCCCACACCGGCCCUGCCAGUGUUCAGCUAAGGAUGGUUUGCUCAUAGAUCACAAAGCUUGGGGAUACAGGGCAAAAGCAGAAGUGACUGAGACUGUGGAGGCAAGGAAUAAAUGGAGAUGAAGCCACUGACAGAACCUCCGUGGGGUCACGAGAUGAACCUUUCCCUUACUUCAGUGUAACCUCACCGUUUAGACUUUAGCUGCAUCUCGCCCGUGCGUUUGCCUACAGGACCAUGGGUAGCGUCAGCAGUGUCCUCAGUGACAACAGCCUCAGCAGCAAGCACUGCAAGGCAUCUCAGCACAGGUUAAAGGAGGGAACAAGCAGCCACAGAAAGAGUGGAGGUUGCAGCCUUGACGGGUUACUGAAGUGCGGCUUCACUCAGGGCUCCUCAUCCUCCACUCAUCCCUCCAAAGGCCUCUCCCACUCAAGGUCUGGAAGAAGCGAAGAUUUUUUUUAUAUUAAGGUAAGCAAUAAACAGAGGUCAACGCACCACAGAGAGAGAUCAGCGGAGGGACAGGUAAACAGAAAUGGGAAAUCUGAUGGGCAGAUGCAACCAAAACUGCUGCUCAUGUCUGGAAAUGUGACUGAGAAGACAGCACAUGGAGGAGAGAUGUGGGAUGCAGAAGGAAGGAAAAGAGGACAGAAAGAAGCGAAGACUUCUGCUGAGAAGUCAUCGGUCCGUUCCACUGCCUUCAAGUGCGUAAAUCCCACAAGGACUUCAUCCACAGAGACAGGCCACAACAGCCUGGACCACAUCCUUUGUCCUCUGAAGAAAGCAAGCAAUCCAAAUAUUAGAGACAAGCGGGACACUUCAGGCACUCUGUCCGACUCUGGACGCAACUCCAUGUCUAGCCUUCCCACCCACAGCACCAGCGGCAGCCUAAGUGCUUCCACAGGCCCUGUCAGUCACAGCGAUGGCAGCUCCGCUCCUGCAAAUAGCCUCAGCGAGGGAGUACAACCCAAUUUCCCUCCAUGGGUCAAUGGGAAUAGCGCUAACCUUGACUGUAGUUACGGUGCUGAUUUAAACAACAGUGGGUUGGUAUCUAAGGCUAAUGAGGACGCCGGCUCCCCACUCUCUGCAGACGAGCCGAGCGCUCUCUCUGAAACUGCAGGUGGGAUUCGGUCUCCCAUAACUACAGAUGAGUCACUGAUUGAACGCUUGGAACAAAAGCUGCUGGAGAGAGAAAGUGAACUACAGGAGCUGCAGGUGAGUUUUGAGGAGAAGGAAACAGACACCUGCCAGCUGUUUGAGGAUAGACAAAGGUACUGCGCUGAAGAGAUGGAAGGGCUGAAGCAGCGAUGCUCCACAAAGCUACGCCAAGCGUCCCAAAUGGCUGCAAAAACACAGCAAGCACUCCAGGUGCAAGUCAGCCAGCUCCAGGCAGAGAAGGAAAGGCUUCAGGAAGACUUUUCUAAGCUAACCCGGGAGAAGGAGCUUAUUGAGCUCAAACUAAAGGCUUAUGAGGCAGAGAGCACACAGCUAGCUCCGACCCUCGAGGAAACUCAGUGGGAGGUGUGCCAAAAGACAGGAGAGAUCUCACUGUUGAAGCAACAGCUAAGAGAGUGCCAAGCGGAUGUCAGCCACAAGCUGAAUGAGAUAGUCGGCCUCAGGGCAUUGCUGAAGGAAAAAACAGCAAAAAUGGAGAUUCUGGAGAAACAGAACAAAAACCACGAGGACAGUCUUCACUCCCGCACCAUAGACAUUGAGGUGUGCCAAAAUGAACUCCAGCGCAAAAAGAAUGAGGCAGAUCUUCUGAGGGAGAAAGUGGGCAAACUGGAGAAAGACAUUCAAGGAAUGAAACAGGAUCUAGUCACUGCCAAAGAGCAAAGGCUGCAGCACAGUUUGCAAGUCAGAACCCAUUCCCCGUGUCAGACCUCGGAAAGCCAAGGUUCAGAAUCCACAGACCAGGGGCGAGAGGGAGAGAACAAUGAGCACACCUCCACAGAAUCCCUCCAAAGAGAGGUGGACAGACUUAAGCAGCAGCUACGGGAGGAGAAGAAUGCUCAAAAGAGGCUAGCCAGCAGCUUUGAACAGGAGAGGCAGACGUGGAACAAGGAGAAAGACAGAGUUAUAAGGUAUCAGAAACAGCUCCAGAUCAACUACCUGCAGAUGCACAGGAAGAACCACGACCUGGAAAGGAUCCUGAAGGAGCUGACAGCAGAACUGGAGAGCCGGACAGAGCUAAGCAUGGAUGUCGCCUACAGCUCAGGGUUACAAACUUAUGACGAUGUUAUUGCCACAGAGAUUUGAAAGCUGACUGUUUUUUUCAGCCGUAGAUAAUUAUCUGUCUCUGUGUCUCAGGCAACGUCCCAACUGGAGUUCAUUCACUGCUAAUUAGUGUGCUUAAGGAGUUAUUUGACGGAAUAGCUUUUGGUAAUGACAGUGUUAUCACUUGUUUAAAAGUAAAUAGUAAAUUAUUUAAUAUUCGGGGGGGAGGGGUUUGUUUGUCUUUCUGUCUAACAGGAUCACUUAAUGUUCAGCUGACUUAUUUCCUUCAUGAUUAAUGUCUGAUGGCAAUACACAAUAAGCAUGGUAGCUGCUUAACAUCUGUCUCUCCCAGCAUGACCAAAUGACAAAGAUAUCAUCUACUGUGAGUCUGGGCUUCUUCGUUUUAAUUUGCUUAAUUAAUCCAUCUCACUGUUACGCUCCCACAUUUUGUAUUCGUAAUGGGAUUGAGCAUGGAAUGUAGUUUAAGCAUUUUUCAUUAGUCAUUUCAAAAACGAUACACAAUUAUAAAUCGUGGCUAUUUUCUGGAGACACCGGUGUAACAAAAGAAAUCCACAAAAUACAUAAUGAAGUCAUGUUAAGCUGCCAUGCAUUGUCAGUCUUCUGCAGUAUAAUGAGAGGUCUAUAUACAAACAGACAACAGUGGCACUAAUACAUCUAGCUCUUUAAAGUUCACUUGCGCGAUGAGCAAAUUUACAUUGAUAAAAAUUUGCUGAAAAGAAGUCACACAGAGUCCUGUUAUCAUGUAUACAUCAGUCCACUGAACACAUAUAUAUUUUUUAAUGUAAUUGUUCAAAUUUGUUUACUACAGCCAAUUCUACAAACACAAGCAGGGAUUAAAAAUGUUCACUGUGCAUCUCUCUGAUAAAAGAAGGACUGUGUAUGUGUGUCUGUUCUUCAUUAUUUUCAGCCGCUGCUUAUCUGGUCUUCUCAUUUGCUGAGGGUAUUUUUGUGGGCGAAAGGAAGCAAUGAUGAGUGCUCCUGCUCCUUUAGUUAAAAGCUGCUUUUUGUUAGGCCUUGGCAGUUUUCUGUUAGGAAACAGGUAAGAGACCUACAACAUUACCUCAUAUGUGGCAACCACAUGCACGGCAAAUUACUACACCUUAAAGAUCCAAUGGAUGAUCUCCAGUGGCAUCUCAGCCCACACCCCACCCAUAUUUUUCCAGAACUUAAUGAAGUAACCAGAACUUAAUGAAGUACAAUAUAGACCUCUAACAGACACCAAGUGUAAACGUUGGCAUCUAUUUUGUGCUCUGUGAGAAGGAGACAGAUUGAAGGGAGCUGGAUAGUCUACAAUAAAAGCAAAUAUUUUAGAAGUUUAAAAAAGGGCAAUUUUCCAGUAAUGUCUAUCUAAACCGCUCAUCUAACUUUGCGAAAGCGUAAGCUGGCGAUGCUCCCACUGGAGGCAAACAAUCUUUCCUAGCUACAGUCCCAGCCAUUUGGCUCUAAUAUUCUGGAGCUAUUCCACUCCCCACAAGGGCAAAGUAGUUUGUGAAGCAAAAGUUUAACUAUUCCACCAAGCUCAACACUAACAUAGACAGACAGUGAGGCAGAAUAUAUGAUUCUACCUGCAGGUCAGGAAGGAUUUGGAGGGAGACAGACUAAGUGGAAUCUAAGCUGGGUGGCUGUAACCAGUAGGCACUCAAUACAAAGUACCUUACUCUAAGCCUAGGCACAGAAACUGGUGAAACAAGGAAAGUAACAAAAGGAUGGUGGACAUUGCAGCUAUGAUAAUGGUUUUAAGAAGAUGCUCGAAACCCCAUUUUCAAAAAUAAAUCAAUAAGCCACAGAGCAACUUGCAUAUCAUGGACAAAAAUCUUUACUAACUCAUCCUGGGUUAGUAUGAACAUAGCUGAUUAGCAAAGCAAAUCAAACAUGUUGCAAAUGGUUGCCUUUUGUGCAUCACAACUUGUAAUGUUGACAAA